UGCGGCGGCUGCGGGGCUGGCUGGAAACUACUAAAGUUCCUGUGGGAUCAAGUAGGAUUUUGAAAGAACAUAAUGGAUGGAGAGGAGAAAACCUAUGGAGGCUGUGAGGGGCCUGAUGCCAUGUAUGUCAAGUUAAUAUCCUCUGAUGGCCAUGAGUUUAUUGUAAAAAGAGAACAUGCUUUAACAUCAGGAACAAUAAAAGCCAUGUUGAGUGGACCAGGGCAGUUUGCUGAGAAUGAAACCAAUGAGGUCAAUUUUAGAGAGAUCCCUUCGCACGUGCUCUCCAAAGUAUGCAUGUAUUUCACCUACAAGGUCCGCUACACUAACAGCUCCACAGAGAUUCCUGAGUUCCCAAUUGCGCCUGAGAUUGCACUGGAACUGCUGAUGGCUGCCAACUUCCUAGAUUGUUAAAUAAAAUAAAUUAUAAUAAACUGUUAAUUUUUCAGUAUUUAA